GGAGAGGCGCUUGGAAAACUUGGCCCUCCGGAGAAUCUGGUCACUCUCACUCCUCUGGGGACCUCAGAAGAAGGAGGACCUUUGGCCAUGGAUUCUACUGAAGAAAGGUAGCCAUGGAAGAGAAUAUGGAAGAGGGACAGACACAAAAAGGGUGUUUUGAGUGCUGUAUUAAAUGCCUGGGAGGGAUUCCGUAUGCAUCUCUGAUUGCCACCAUCCUGCUCUAUGCGGGCGUGGCCCUGUUCUGUGGCUGUGGACAUGAAGCACUUUCCGGGACUGUCAACAUUCUGCAAACCUACUUUGAGAUGGCGAGAACUGCUGGAGACACACUGGAUGUUUUUACCAUGAUUGACAUCUUUAAGUAUGUGAUCUACGGCAUUGCAGCUGCGUUCUUCGUGUAUGGCAUUCUGCUGAUGGUGGAAGGAUUCUUCACAACUGGUGCAAUCAAAGAUCUCUAUGGGGAUUUCAAAAUCACCACUUGCGGAAGAUGCGUGAGCGCCUGGUUUAUCAUGUUGACAUACCUUUUYAUGUUGGCUUGGCUGGGAGUCACAGCAUUCACCUCACUGCCAGUUUAUAUGUACUUCAAUCUGUGGACCAUCUGCCGAAACACCACAUUGGUGGAAGGAGCAAAUCUCUGCUUGGACCUCCGUCAGUUUGGGAUUGUGACAAUUGGAGAAGAAAAGAAAAUUUGCACUGUCUCUGAGAAUUUCUUAAGGAUGUGUGAAUCUACUGAGCUGAACAUGACCUUUCACUUGUUUAUUGUGGCACUUGCUGGAGCUGGGGCAGCAGUUAUCGCUAUGGUUCACUACCUUAUGGUUCUGUCUGCCAACUGGGCCUAUGUGAAAGAUGCCUGCCGGAUGCAGAAGUAUGAGGACAUCAAGUCGAAGGAGGAGCAGGAGCUUCAUGACAUCCAUUCCACUCGCUCCAAAGAGCGGCUCAAUGCGUACACAUAAAUUUUUCUGUUCUUUCUACCAUUUGAAUGCAUUGGUGUUGAAUUAAGGGCCAUCCAACCAUCCAACCUUUGAAAAACAAAAUGAUAGUGCUUCUCAUCAAUGAUAUGUAGGGUGACUUACGAAUCACCUAAAUGCAAUUCUUUGUUGUUUAGCACUGAAAUUCCUAAUUUGUUAAAUCGGUAGAAUUGGAUCUCUUCUACAAGCUCCUAUCCAGUCUUCUUUUUGAAAUUUCUCCAACUCAUUUGAUAGUUCURUAUGAUCAAAGAUACUAACAUUGUCAAUGCAAAGAUUUGUUUGAUUUUUAACCACUUCCCAUGUGUUAUACAUAACACUUUUUGCAUUAUUUCUUAUGUUUUGAGAACAAGAUAGCUUUUUAUACUUUUUAGUUUUGAUUUCGGUAACUAGUUUAACUACAGGUAACCUUCAAAGGGACCAUUGUACAUUAUGAACAAGAGGCAAAGAUGACAUCGUGAUGAAUCUUCUUGACAUACGGAAMUCUUGUCUGGAGAUCAGUGGCCACGUUAGUAUGGGCCCUGGUUAACGUUUUCAACAAUCUAAGGUGCAAUUUCUAAAUUUAUAAGAGUAGGUUAAAAAAGUGCUUCUUAUCUUUGUUAACAUUGUAAUUUUUCUUGAUGUAUUUCAAAGGUAUUUCUCUCUGAUUACUCCUAUUUAUGUUGUGAGCAUGUAGAAACAGUGAUGCUAAUGCAUGGCUAGUUGCCUUUUUAAGAUUGUGACACCAGGCUUACCUUUUAAAGUUUAGUGUAGAGACAAUUUUAAUGGAAAUAACUACUGUGGACUAUUGGAGAAUGAUCUCUUUGUGAUUUAUGCAGUGGCUGGAUUGGAACUUUUAAUAUGCUAAUGUGGAAAAUUAAUUACCUUUAUGAAGGUGGUCUAUUAAAAAUAAGCACACUAACCCCUCAAAACUUGUUAUACCUACUUUAACAGUUUUAAUGGAUUGCACCUCUGUAAACUAUUCCUCAAAUGUGUAUGAUAUAUUUGAAAAGGCUUCCAUUAAUAUAAUAACUUUGCUUGCAGCCUUCCAAUCUAUGUUGGCUUACCUGUAGUGUUUUCUCAAGUGKGGUCAAAGGCCACUCUAGAAUGUAUUGUUUGGAAGUGUAGUGAUACAUUUGUGUUUUUAUUUCAAGUAAGUCAUUUUAACCGAAUGUUCAUUCAUAUUCAUUUAUAAGAAGUACCUGUAUCAAAGGAAUUUUAAAGAAAAAAGCAAUCAGUAUUACUGGACCAAAUUUGGUGUUUGUUUUAACCUUGACUCUCUUCUUUUGAUUAUUUCUAAUGCUACAAGAAUGCUGUAAAGUGUCUUUUAAAAUGAUGUAGCCUGACAAGACAUUUUUGUCAGUGUAUAAAACUAGGUAGUAUUGUGCACUGAUUUGACCAUUGUGAAAUCCUUUCUCAGUGUAAGUGCAUUUCUAAUAAAAUUUAUUGAGUGAAACAAUCUUUGUACAACUACUAGUCAUGCAUCAUCAGUAAUUUUACAAGUUCUUGUAGUAGGUAGGGGGGUAUUACUAGGGUUAUCUGUGGCAUGAUUAAGCAUUCUGUAGAAUUAAUUAAUUUGGGGUUCGUUUUGCUUUUUUUUUACACUUAGAUUAUCUUACUGGUUCAAAAUUUUUCUGAUAUAUGCAGUAUUAAAGAUAUUCAGCUAAAGUAUUAAUGGGCUUCUUUAAAUUCUAUAUUAUAGUGUUUCAGUUCUGUGUCUUUACAGUUUGUGAUGAUUUUUAAAACUGUCUUUUAAAUUUAUGUAACGAUGUUGACACUUUUGGCUUUUAUUUCUGGUAUUAGAGUUUGUAUUUUCACAGAGUGCUUUGUAGCAGGCAUUACAAUUAAUCUGUUUUGUACAUAAAUGUGCCAACAGCUUGAUGGUGGCGUUUUUGAAAUGUAGAACAAAGUGCUUGCAAAAUGUAAUAAAUACACUUGUGUACUUUGUGUACUUAUUAUUAG